AUGAGAACUGCUCUGCUCUUCGCCUGCCUGCUGGGGGUGGCCUCUGCCUACUCGGUCAAGAGCUGGCUGUGGAGAGCCAAGCCUGAUGACUCGGAGGAAAACGCGGUGUUCAAGAGCAGGCACCGCUACUACCUGUACAGACAUGCCCACCUGCACCACCCCCCGCCCCGCUACCGGGGCAGUGACUCAUCGGAGGAGGAGGGAGGCUCGGAGGAGGAGGGAGGAGGAGGGGAGCCCAUCUAUGCUGGCCCCAAGGCAGGAGGUCACCUGGCAGGAGCAGCCCCCAAGGAGAGCCAGGCAGGGCUGGGUGCAGACGUCCUGUCCCCACAGCAGGGCAAGGGCUGCCAAGAGGCCUUGAAAGGAGGCAGGAAAAUUGCUGCUGGCAAGGGGGAAGACGACUCUGAAAAUGAAGACAGCGAUGAGGAGGAGGAGGAGGAGGAAGAGGAGGAGGAAGAAGAGGUAGAUGAGGCUGAGAAUGGCAUCAACGGCACAAGCACCAACACCACUGAGGGGGCAGAUGGACCUCAUGGCAACGGCACCGCGGUGGCCGAGGAGGGCACCGGGGCGGCUGAGGAGGAAGAGGAGGAGGAAGAGGAGGAAGAAGAAGAGGAAGAGGAGGAGGAGGAGGAGGAGGAGGAAACCGAGGCCACCACUAUCGCCGGCACCACUGGCGACGAGGGGCUGUCCCAAGGGACCACCGCGGCAGGCGGGGGCCCCAGCGAAGCCCCCACCACGGCGGGGGAGCUGUGGGAGUACGAGGUGACGGCGGGGGGCCGGGGCGAGGAGGGCACCACGGAGAGCAGCUACGGCGAGCAGGAGGAGUACGGCCGCGGGGACACCGACCGCGCCUACGAGGACGAGUACGGCUACUACAAGGGGCACGGCUACGACGUGUACGGCCAGGAUUACUACUACAACCAGUGAGGGGCAGGGGGGUGCCGCUGG